AUGGGGGACAAUUCAGAUAUUAAUAGAGACACAGAUGUGUCUUCAACUACUGCAGAUGUUCCAGAGGUUACAGAAAUAACUGAGCCUGGUGGGGGUCACAUUGAGAUGAUUAUUACUGUGGAGAAGGUAGAGGAAAAUGGAGAAACAUCUUUACUCCAGUCAAGUUUAAAGAAUGAAGAGUUAAAUGAAGAUGUUGCUUCAUUAGUGGCAUCCUCAAUAAAAGAGAAAGAAACAAAAAGUACUGUCAGUUCACCAACUAAGAUUGGUACUGUACAAAAAGUUGCAUCGCCAUUAAAAGAGGGUAACUCUUCUGCACCUGCCAUAAUCUCACCAAGCAGUACAUCACCAGUGCAAGAAAUAAAUUCAUCAAAUAUUAUUGCUUCACCAAGUACCACAACACCUACAAAGGAUUUAAAUAUUGCUAAAAGUACUACUCCAACAAAAACUGAACAAGGAAACACACAGAUCCCCAAGACUUCUCCUGUUAAAGAAUUAAAUCAUGUUGUUGAUUCCUCAUGUAAAAUACAGUCUCCGACCAAGGAGAUGGUUACGAAUAAAGAAAAUUCUUCACAAACAACUUCAGAAAAUGAAGCAGAGAAAAAGAAGGAGGAGUCAAUUGCUAGUUCUUCUAUAGUAGACCUACCUGAAACAAGUACCUCCCUUGAAAUGCCAAAAGAGACUGUUAAUACUGCUCAAGUAGCUGGAAAGGAGGACUGUGACAAAGCUGAUGACUCAAUACUUCAUACUAGUCCAGAUGUCAGCGAGAAAGAGCAUAACAAAAGUAUAAGCAGGGAACUGAAAUCUUUAAUUAAUUCUGCAAAAGAAUCUAAGUUGAUUAGUGAAUGUACACAAUUAACAAGUAAAAUACGCAAAUCUCGAACACCACUGGAAUUAAAUACAUCAACUGAAGCCGACAAGAUUACAGCUCGCCGCAAUAGUAAUAUUUCAUCUAAAAGUAACUGCAGUGGAAAGUCCGAGAAGGCCACAAAACGGUCUAUGAGGUCACAGAACCCAGAAUUUGUCAAUAAGGUCAAACAGUUUCUAAACUCUGUGACUGGUAACAAUCGUGAUUCUGAUGAUGAACACGACUCCAUACAAAAGAAAGAAGAGGCUUCACCUUCGCCUAAGAAGAAAAAAGUUGUUGACAGUAUACCCUUGGAAAGUAAAGGAGACAAAAGGCUUCGUGUCGACCCAUACUGCUGGCAUUGCCACUGGGCUAUAGAAAUGGGUACAACUGAGAAGAGUCGUCCACCCAUGAAUUGCACAGUUUGUCCUCGUGUAUACCACUACAAGUGUCUAUCGAGUACGGAGAGGAAUAAGAUUGAUUUGCAAAGAAGCUGGGUGUGUCCCGAAUGUUUGGGAAUAUUGCAGGCGGAAAGCUCAGAAACAAGAUCAGUCUCCAUGAAGAAAAUAUCUUUGGGACUCUUGUGCGAGCUAUUACAACACGCUUUGACGCGCAUGAUGGAAGUUAAUGGGGUGGAGCCGUUCAUGCAGCCCGUAGACCGGUCAGCAUUUCCCGAUUACGAUAAAUGUGUGGUUCAUCCGAUGGACCUUUCGCUCAUGAAGAAGAACAUUGAAAACGGUCUUUACGGUAGUCCGGAAGCGUUCCUUGCUGACACGCAAUGGAUACUACACAACAGCAUAAUUUUUAACAAUCUGCAAUCGAAGUUGACGCAGGCUGCGCGCACGCUGGUGCGUCUCUGUCGCACGGAGAUGGGCGAGAUCGAGGCGUGUCCCGAGUGCUACGCGGCGGCACACGCCCGAAAGCUCACCUGGUUCACGGACGUCUGCUCCACCCCACACAUCCUGCUCUGGGCAAAAUUGAAGGGGUUCCCCUACUGGCCAGCAAAGGGGAUGUCUGUGAAUGCCUCUGGCGUGGUGGAUGUGCGCUUCUUUGGUGCUCACGACCGUGCCUGGGUCCCCGCGAAGGAUUGCUAUCUCUACUCAGAAAACGACCCUAACAACUUCCGUUCCAAGAAGCAGAUACUGGAUAGUAUGCAGGAAGCAGAACAACACAUUCGGAACAUAUCAAGGAAAUACGGAAAGUUUGUGUAUCCGCCGUUCAAGACGCCGUUUGAGCCGAGCAAAAUUACUGAACAGUUAAAGCUCAUGAUCCCGAGUUUUGAAGGAGAGUUAAGAUUUCAAAAUAAAGAGAAGCUAACAUCGUCGUCGCGGAAAAUUAAUGAAAAACGACGGUCUAACUCCAAGAGCUCUAAAAGUUCUAUCGUUGAAGGAGAGGCCAGUGAAACGGAGGAUAUUCGUGUGACACCAAUAAAAACACCCGAAGCAGACUACACAAUUAGACCAGAUGACGAAAAUGAAGCGGAGAAACCAAUGGAUAUAGACGAAGAUAAAAAUAAGGAAAGGAAGUCGACGAGAAAGCGGCGAAGAUCUCAAUUAGAGGAAGCUGUCAUCACAAUUAUCGAAAACAGCACGAAAGUGAAACGAAGAAGGAUAAACAAAGAGCCUAGUACUCCUAAUCUUAAAAAAGAAAGCGAAGAAACAGCAAAACAAAAGAAUGAUGAGCAAAACAAAAGUGUCAAUGAAAUAAACACACAAAAAGAUAGAACAGUAGAAGAUGUAGAUAAGGAAGAUAAAGACAAAGAACUACCAAAUAGCACUACCGCGAAGGAGGAAGAAACUGUGGCUCAGCCUUCUAGUGCACCUAAAAACGAGACGAAAUUAACUAACAAAAGUAAAUUUAUAAAAGUUAAGUUUGGAAAAGCUAUGCCAAAAAGUCUGAAAAUAUUAAACAUUCAAAAACUCAAUUCAAGCUGUAAAGUAACAUCCAGGGACAAACAUAGAAACCCUAAAAAGAAGGCAAAUGCAAUUAGUAAUGUUAUAAAAAAUAAAAGUCUUCUAAGUGUUAAUAAUAAAGAUAGCCUCCUGAAAAAACCAUCUAAUGAAGACGAAUCUAAAUCUAAUCAAAAACCUGCUGCUAAAGACAAGAAUGCCAAAGGCAAGACUAAGAGUCCGGAUGUAGAACUUGUAAUAACGAAAAGUACGCCUAAAAGCACAGAGAAAACUAAAACUUCCAGAGAACGUUUACAAUUCGACGAUGACACGAGUCUAGCUGUCAUAUCUCGACGAGGAUCUAAUAUGGCAGACAUGCCCGUUAUAAGCAAUGUUAGGAGUUUAUUAGACAACGAGAGUGAUUCAAAUUUCAUAGAGGUGAACGUGGACGCGGAUUCCAAUGCGAGCAUAUUUACGCCAACUAGCACAGAGAGUGUCAGAAACAUGAAAGAAGCCGUUAACAAGCUGCGAAAGUUACGACAGUCGGAUCCACCUGCGGUCGGUCGCGUCGGCGUACGGGCUUUCGCGCGAAUGAAGUCUCCAGAAGCAACACUCACGCGAACGGAGAAUCCAGAAGUAGAGGUAAAGUCUGAACCGCCUGAUUUCGGUGACAGCGAUAGACAAGCGGAGAAACUGCAAAUGAUGAGCUCGUUCAGACUACAGCCGGUGGUUCCGCCUGGGAAUCCGAGCACGAAUGCCCUCCGCGAUGUCCGUAUAAACAAACUCGUCGUUACGCCGAUAGUCAGGAAGACGGUUCAGAAGCCCGAAAGUCGCGUUAAGGCCAAGAAAACGUUUCCACAAGCUAAGAAAUCGGAGGAACGUUCCCAGCUGAACAGCGAGAAUUUGAUGGUGUAUAUUCCGAUACAGCCGGCCACUGGGACCUCGCCGAUGAGACCGCAGAGACCAGGGAAUGCUAAUGGCGCGGCUAACACCCCGGCGAGGUCUGAGACAUCGGUCGCAGCUGCAGCCACCAGCACUUUAAAUACAGUGAUGACAGUUCUCACGCCUACCAUGGUCAGUUCGAGUAUAUCGCUGGUGAACAACGCGAGAACAACCAACGUGAUAUCGAACACCAAUCCUAGUAUCGCUCUGUCUACACAAGCCCUGAAUGCGAUACCCUCUGUCGGACCCGUGCCCACAAGUGUGCACACUGUGCCUUUCUUGACACCCGUCAAUGGACAGUGGACGUUCAGUCUGCAGCCGAUUAUGUCCGUUGGAGGGGUUGAUACUUCAUCAAAUAAUUCCAUGACCAACGGCGUGGGAGAGAGAGGUUCUGGGCCUCUGGUGGCCGUUCCUACACCAGUCAGCAGCAGUGCAGUGCUAACGCAAAUUAACACGGCGCAAGCUAGGAAGGACGAAGGAAAUACGCAGUUACCGCGGCUUCAACACAAGCCAUUGAUCAAUCCCUUCGACCCAGCUGCGCCACAAGGGACGCUGCCACCGCCUUCCACGGUUGGACCGCUCACUGCAAAAAUUAACCAGAACUCUGUUAAGUUGGCCGAUUUCUUCCGGACGCUUCUAGAAGACACCUUGGACAAAGUAAACGAUCCCUUGGCCCAUAUGACCUCCCUGAAAUUACACCUGGAGCAGUUGCAAUGGAAGCAUAACCAGGAAAUGGAAGAAUUGAAACAUAACCACGAGUUAACACUCGUGGAGAUGAGAGCGUCGUUCGAGAGAGACAAGAACCGCGCUGUGAACGAAGUCCGACGCGCCUCGCAGAUUGACCUGGAGGCGGCCGUCAAAGCCACAAAGGCCAAGCAGUGGUGUGCCAACUGUCUGCAAGAGGCACAGUUCUAUUGUUGUUGGAACACGUCGUACUGCGACUACCCGUGCCAACGGGCGCACUGGACGCAACAUUCCGGAGUGUGUACGCAGCCCAAGGCACAGGGAAAUGGAGGUGACAAAAACUCGAAGGAAAUCCACACAACGCUGCAGCCGGCGCCGGGACGCCCAAAGAGCACAACAGUAUCGACAUUGUCAACGGGUAACAAAAAUGUUGCGCCGACGCGAGUGUACACUUCGGAGCAGCUACACCAGAAAACGUCCCUUAUAAGUACAAGAAUCAGCGUUGUGGACGACAGCUGUGGAAAUCAAAGUUUGAAGUGCGUCGGCACAUACAAGCAGAGUACAACGCCGGUGGCGCCGAUCGUUCUGAAUAAAAAAUUACUCAACAACGAGGAAGCCAAAAAAGUGACGACGUCCGUUGGCUACUUUAGAGUGGGAAAUGGUACCACUGUUUCAACUACGAAACGACCCACCACUAUACAAUGCGUGAACACUUCAUAG